AUGGUCUCUCAUGAUUCGACGUCUCGUGGUGCUGCAUCGCCAGACGAGCCGCUCAGCGAGGCGGCCCAAGAGAGCGGCCUUCAUGUCCUGGAUCCGGAGCCAGAUCAGGAGCUGGAGAUGAUUCGGGAGGACUCUCCGCUGCUAGCAGCCAGCGAUGCUGAUGGAGGUGGCGCCGGCUCCGAUGGACGGACGCAGGUUGCCGACCCAAGCCAGACCACCAAGAGUGUGUGGCAUCUCACACUAUUGACUCUCGCCAUCGGUGGCUUGCAAAUCGCUUGGUCUGUCGAGCUCUCCAACGGCUCGCCCUACCUGCUCUCGCUCGGGUUGAGCAAGUCUCUCAUGGCCCUUGUCUGGAUUGCUGGUCCCCUGACGGGCACGCUCGUGCAGCCAUAUGUUGGCAUCCUCAGUGACAACUGCCGCAUCUCGUGGGGUAAGCGCAAACCGUUCAUGGUCGGCGGCACAAUCGGCACGGUCCUCUCGCUCUUGUUUCUGUCCUGGGUCAAGGAGAUUAUCGGCGGUAUCUUGUCGCUUUUCGGUGUUCAAGACGACUCGCAAUUUGCCAAGACGACCAUCAUCGUGGCCGCCGUCAUCGGCAUUUAUGUUCUUGAUUUUGCCAUCAAUGCUCUCCAGGCGGCCAUACGCGCCUUCAUUGUAGAUUGUGGCCCAGCUCAUCAACAAGAAGCGGCCAACGCAAUGGCCAGCCGACUUAUUGGCAUCGGCAACAUCCUCGGCUUCAUUGCUGGCUACGUCAACUUGACCAAGCCGCUCUGGUUCUUUGGUCACACUCAGUUCCAGAUUCUCUGUGCCAUUGCCAGCAUAUCCUUGACAAUCACAGUUAUUAUCAGCUGCGUCACCGUACACGAACGGGACCCGCGCGAACAUGGCGCGGCCGCACCCAAGAAUCCAGGGGUAUUUGCCUUCUUCAUCACACUCUUCAAGUCUAUCCAGCGCCUGCCCCCACAAAUCAAGCGCGUUUGCCAGGUGCAGUUCUGCGGCUGGGUUGGCUUCUUUCCUCUGCUGUUUUACUCGUCGUCUUAUAUUGGCGAGAUAUAUGUUCAGCCGCACCUCGAGAAAAACCCUCACAUGACACCAAAAGAGCUUGAUGAGCUUUACGAGCAGGCGACUCGCAUUGGAUCGUUCGCGCUCCUCGUAAACUCAAUCGUGAGCCUUCUCACGAAUGUACUCCUGCCCUUCUUUAUUGCGCCCACAUACGAUAGCCAGGCAGCCAUGAGCCAGCCUGCGCCAGCGUAUCACCAGCUACGCAAUCAGAAACGCACCAUGCUCGACCGUCUACGAAUUCCCGGAUUCACACUAAACAGAGCUUGGUUCGGAUCGUUGGUCCUCUUUGCCGGAGCCAUGCUGUGCACGCUGGUUGUACGAUCCGUGGAAGCUGCCACCGCACUGAUUGGUAUUGCUGGCAUCACUUGGGCCAUGACUCUGUGGGCUCCUUAUGCCAUCAUCAGUGCCGAGAUUAGCCACCGUGAUGUGCUGCAGCGUGCUCAGAAGCAGCAGCGAGCGCGGGAGCCAGCCGAGCUCGCAUCUCUAGAGCGACUACAGAGCGAAGAAGUAGCUCCCGUCGUUGAAGUCGGUGAGGACCAGGAUGAGGCGGGUGUUAUCAUGGGCAUACACAACAUGUCCAUUGCGGCGCCACAAAUCCUCGCCAACGUAGGAUCCAGCAUCAUCUUCAAGAUUUGGCAGAAGCCGCGCGGCACGCCUGGCGACACGAGUAUUGCCUUGGUGCUCGCUAUUGGCGGAUUGUUUGUUUUAGCAUCGGCAUUCUACGUCAGAGACCUGGACGGGAAAAGCGCAUCUACAGCCAGUGUUGGGGAUGACGAAGAGCACGCGGUGGUUCCUCGCUAA